AUGGCGGACGGCGACAGCGGCAGCGAGCGCGGCGGCGGCGGCGGGCCCGGCGGCUUCCAGCCCGCGUCCCGCGGCGGCGGCGAGCAGGAGACGCAGGAGCUGGCGUCCAAGCGGCUGGACAUCCAGAACAAGCGCUUCUACCUGGACGUGAAGCAGAACGCCAAGGGCCGCUUCCUCAAGAUCGCCGAGGUGGGCGCGGGCGGCUCCAAGAGCCGCCUCACGCUGUCCAUGGCCGUGGCCGCCGAGUUCCGCGACUACCUGGGCGACUUCAUCGAGCACUACGCGCAGCUGGGCCCCAGCAGCCCCGAGCAGGUGGCGGCGGCGGCGGCGGCCGAGGAGGGCGGCGGGCCGCGGCGCGCGCUCAAGAGCGAGUUCCUGGUGCGCGAGAACCGCAAGUACUACCUGGACCUCAAGGAGAACCAGCGCGGCCGCUUCCUGCGCAUCCGCCAGACCGUGACGCGCGGCGGCGGCCCGGCGCCCGGCGGCCUGCAGAGCGGCCAGACGAUCGCGCUGCCCGCGCAGGGCCUCAUCGAGUUCCGCGACGCGCUGGCCAAGCUCAUCGACGACUACGGCGGCGACGACGACGAGCUGGCGGGCGGCGCGGGCGGCGGCGCGGGCGGCCCCGGCGGCGGCCAGUACGGGGAGCUCCCGGAGGGCACCUCCAUCACGGUGGACUCGAAGCGCUUCUUCUUCGACGUGGGCUGCAACAAGUACGGCGUGUUCCUGCGCGUGAGCGAGGUGAAGCCGUCCUACCGCAACGCCAUCACCGUCCCCUUCAAGGCCUGGGGCAAGUUCGGCGGCGCCUUCUGCCGGUAUGCGGAUGAGAUGAAGGAGAUCCAGGAGCGCCAGAGGGAUAAGCUUUACGAGCGACGCGGCGGGGGCGGCGGCGGCGGGGACGAGUCUGAGGGCGAGGAGGUGGACGAGGAUUGA